CUCUUCUGUCUCAGGCACUCCUUUUCCCUUCUCUCUCCCAUCAUGUUUGACAUCCCUGAGCUCUACACCCGUCUGGGCACCUACCGGGCCUACCACCUGGCGGCUAUUCUGUUUAUCUCUGCCUUUCUGGCCGGCUACGACUCGGGCGUGGCAGGGGGCAUCCUGACGUUCAAACCGUUCGAGAACGACUUCCACUACGGCAGCUCGCGCGAGAAAUCGGUCGACUCGCUGACCGUCGGCCUGGAGCAGCUGGGCUCCUUUUGCGCGUCGAUCGCCACCUACCCUCUGACCAACCGCUAUGGCCGCAAGUACGUGCUGAUCGGCUCGUCGGCCAUCUUCGUGCUGGGCGCCAUGCUGGAGACCAUCAACACGGGCUCGCGCGGCGCCUGGUACACGGCGCGCAUCAUUGCCGGCAUCGGCAUGGGCGGCCAGAGCGUCGUCGUGCCCAUGUACUCGGCGGAGAUGACGCCCAAGGAGAUCCGCGGCCGCUGCGGUUCCUUCUAUCAAUGGAUGUACACCUGGGGGGUGUUUGCCGCGUACUGGGUCGACUACGGGGUGGAACGCAACGCGGCCAUCGCAGCGACCAGCCGGGAAUGGCAGAUCCCCGUCGGCUUGCAGCUGGUGUCGGGCGGGAUCCUGCUGCUGGGCACCUUCACGCUGCCCGAGUCCAUCCGCUGGCUGCUCACCAAGGGCCGCACCGAGGAGGCGUGGAAGUCCAUCGCCUGGAUCCGCGGCGACGAGGGCGAACGCACGCUCGCCGAGUUCCGCGAGACGCAGCUGGGCAUCCGCGCCGAGAGUGUCGAGCGCGAGAACUUCCAGCUGCGCGAGCUGUGGCAGCAGCCUGCCAACCGCCUGCGUCUGCUCGUCGGCGCCUCGCUGUUCGUCUUCCAGAACGCCACGGGCUCCUCCGCCCUCGCCGUGUUUGGGCCCGAAUACUUUGAGCUCAUCGUCGGGGACAACGAGCAGCGCGAUCUCCUGCUGACGGGUCUGUUCGGCGCCGUCAAGGUCAUCGCCUGCUCCUUCUUCAUCUUCACCAUGGCCGAACGCUUCGGUCGCCGCAGUCUCCUCGUCGGGGGGUCGCUCUUCAUGGCCUCCUGCAUGCUCAUCACCACCUUGAUUCUGAAACUGGGACCUCCUACUUCUUCCACCCAUGUGUCGAAUGCGGGUAGAGCCACCGUCGCCAUGAUCUACCUGAACAUUAUGGCGUAUAAUUGUUCCUGGGGCCCUGUGCCAUGGGCAUACGUGCCCGAGAUCUUCCCGACGCGCAUCCGAGCCAUCGGCCUGGCAACCAGCAUGCUGGCCCACUGGGCGACCUCGUUCUGCUUCAGCUUCGCCAGCCCGUACAUGAUCGACAACAUCGGCUCCAACACCUUCUUCAUCUUCAUGUCCUUUGACCUGCUGGCGGCCGUCUUCUGCUGGUUCUUCGUGCGCGAGACCCGCGGCAAGAACCUCGAGAACGCCACGGGCAUCGAGUGGGAGGUCGCCGAGAAGGAACCCGGUCUCUCGGGCGGCUCGUCUCCUAAUGACCCCGAGGCUGACCGUCACAGUAUUACUGCAAUACUGAGAGAUUAG